CAUCCCAUCGCUGCCUUCUCACCAUCGAGCGAAACAGCGAUGGAUCUCCUCCUCUCCUUCUCCCUGCUGCCAACUCUUUUCCUGGUCCUACUACUCCUCUCACCAGCCGCACAAGCCACCACCGUGGCCGGCACCAUCGAGAGGACGACCAAGCAGCAAGUCCUGGCGAGCAUCCCUCCCCACGCGGCGGACACCUCCGUGCCCUUCCUCACCUCCCCCUCCGGCAAGUACACCGCCUGCCUCCUCCGCCGCGAGACCGCCCCCGGGGCCGGUGGCUUCGGCAACGACUUCUGCUACAUCCAGGUGCAGGACACGAGCACGGGACGGAGCAUGUGGGAGUCGGAGUGCGGCCCGGUGAGCAGCGCCAACACCUGCGCCGCGGUGUUCACCGCGUACGGCCUGCAGGUGUUCGACGGCAGCACCCCGGUAUGGGACACCGGGGCGCAGUCCGCCGACAACAACUUCCUGCAGACGCUGGAGCUGGUCGACCACGGCGACAUGCGCAUCCGCGACAAGGACGGCGAGUUAGCGUGGAAGGCGAGCGACGAUCCGCGGGCGAACCAGGGGUGUGGCCUGCCAGGCUCGCCUGGCCUGGCGCCCGCGUUGCCUCCCUUCGCGGUGCCGAUCGGAGGCGACGACCAGAAUCUUCCGUUCGGGCGGCCGGCGUCGGGCGGUCAGCAGCUGCCGCAGUCGAACACGAUGUACGACCAGCAGCAGCAGCAUCCGCUGGGCGGGGCGAGCCAGGCGUUCGGGUUCGACGGCCAGCCGCUCUUAGACAACUCGCCUUACGACAGCGGCUGCUACGGUAAAGGAGCGGGGAGUUGGGUGGGAGUGGGAGUCGCCCUCCUCCUCCUCCUCCCGGUAUUGGCUUAAGCGUUCGUUUCCCUCCCGACCGUGUGCGUUUCUAUGUGAAACUUUGGAUGUUACAGUAUUUGGAAGGUUUGGUGGUUGCUUCUCAUGGAUAGAAUUCACGUCACUAUUUCUCAUCAAGCAUAUGUACUUUGUUGUUGAUGAUUCUAAAAGCAAGUCUUCUCAUUGUUUCUUACUCAUUC